AUGAUGAAAGACGUCGUUCUCAAGGAAAUUAUCAAGCUCAAUGAGGACAGUAUCAUUUAUCCAAUACCUGACAAUAAGUGGGUAAGUCCUAUUCACAUAGUUCUAAAAAAGACCGGCAUGACAAUUGUGGAGAAUGACAAGAGUGAAAUGGUUCCGAUGCGCAUUCAGAAUGGAUGGAGAACGUGCAUCGAUUUUCGAAAACCCAACAAGGUAACUAAGAAGGACCAUUUUCCCAUCCCUUUUCUUAAUCAAAUGGUGGAACGGCUUGCCGGAAAGCCAUUCUUUUGUUUUCUUAAUGGAUUCUUGGGUUCUACCAAAUCCCAAUCGCUCAAGAGGACUAGGAAAAGACUACCUUCACUUGCACUUAUGGUACUUACACUUUCAGAAGAAUGCCAUUCGGGCUUUGUAACACCCCAGGUACGUUCCAAAGGUGUAUAA